AUGCCGGGCUCAUCGCGGCUACCCGUCAGCAUUGUGAACGGCUUCAACACCGUCCGUCGCCAUCGGAGAAGCCCGUUUCUGCUUCUCAACAUCGACCUGAUCCGCAAUGCCGUCUUCUUCCUCUUCCUCCUCCGCCUCACCCGCCGUGCUCUCUGGAAACUUCGCGGCUGCGGCAUCUUCGGCACACUUGUCGAGCUGUACAAUGACAUCCGCCGUGUCCUCUUCGGCUGGUUCCUCCGUAUACCCAGCGUCCGGGACAAGGUCCGCCGCGAGGUCGACGAGACGCUCGGCAAGCUGGAGGCCAAGCUAGUGCCCCUGAGUUCCAUCCGCUACACCAAGAUCCCGGCUAAGGGCUGGUCCGACGACCAGGUCCGCCGCGAGCUCGACGACCUGGCCGGCCUCGAUCACACGCGCUGGGAGGACGGCCGGGUCAGCGGAGCCGUGUACCAUGGCGAGGACGAGCUGAUCAGCCUGCAGACCGAGGCUUAUGGCAAGUUCUCUGUAGCCAAUCCGAUCCACCCCGACGUGUUUCCGGGCGUGCGCAAGAUGGAGGCCGAAAUCGUCGCCAUGGUGCUCGGGCUCUUCAAUGCGCCACCGGGAGCCGCGGGCGUGACGACGAGCGGCGGCACCGACAGUAUCCUCAUGGCGUGUCUCAGCGCCCGCCAAAAGGGCUUUGUCGAGCGUGGCAUUACAGAGCCGGAAAUGAUCAUCCCCGAAACCGCCCACACAGCCUUCCACAAGGCUGCCCAGUACUACAAGAUCAAGGUCCACAUGGUUGCCGCUCCAGGGCCUUCGUACCAGGUUGAUGUGAAGCGGGUGGCGCGGCUGAUCAACCCGAACACGGUGCUGCUGGUGGGCAGCGCCCCCAACUUCCCGCACGGCAUCAUCGACGACAUUGCCGGACUCGGGCGAUUGGCCGCGCGCAACAAGAUUCCUUUGCACGUCGACUGCUGUCUCGGCUCAUUCAUGGUGGCCAUGCUGGAAAAGGCCGGCUUCGAGUCGACGCCGUUCGACUUCCGUGUGCGUGGCGUGACCAGCAUCUCUGUCGAUACGCACAAGUACGGCUUCGCGCCCAAGGGCAACAGCACGCUGCUUUACCGCACUGCCACACUGCGCAGCUACCAGUACUUUGUGUCGGCCGACUGGACAGGCGGCGUGUAUGCAUCACCCGGAGCGGCCGGAUCGCGGCCGGGUGCACUGAUUGCCGGCUGCUGGGCGAGCAUGAUGUCGAUCGGCGAGGCCGGCUACCUGGACGCGUGCGAGCGCAUCGUCGGCGCAGCCCACAAGCUGGCGGACCAUGUGGUGUCGUCGCCGGUGCUGUCGCCCGAGCUGGAGGUCAUGGGCCGGCCACUGGUGUCGGUGGUGGCGUUCCGGGCGCGGAAACCCAAGGCCGGAGCGGCGAGUGCGGGCCUACCGGCCACACCGCUAAAUAUAUAUGCGCUGGCCGACAACAUGACGGCUCGGGGCUGGCACCUGAACGCGCUGCAGAACCCACCGGCGAUCCACAUUGCGUUCACGCUGCCGGUGGUCAAGGUGGUGGACACGCUGAUCGCAGACCUUGAGUCUGCCGUCGAGGAGGAGCGGGAAAAGGCGCGGGUGCUUGCCGUCGAGAGAAAGAAGGCCGCUGAGAACGGCAAGCCGCUGCCGGCGGAUCACAGUGGAGACGCGGCCGCGCUGUACGGCGUGGCAGGCAGCCUGCCGAACAAGAGUAUCGUCGUCGAGCUGGCGACCGGGUUUCUGGACCUGCUCUACAAGGCAUGA